AUGGGUGAGGUGGCGGAGCUGCUGCAGGCGCUGCAGGCGGCCCUCCUCCGCGUGGUGCGGCGCCCCCCGCCCCGCCGGUUGGGCGUUGCCCCGUCAGACGACGAGAGGCUCGCCUGGGCGCAGAGACUGAGCAUGACGGCCGGCUCCGAGCUGCGGAACCUGCAGGCGAUGCGCCAGCUGCAGUUCGCUGAGGUGGAGUCGCAGCUUUUCACCGCGCUUCCUGCGCGACCCUCUGCGAGCUCCACUACCGAGCUGCUGCGCAUGUCGUCCAUCGAGUCGCCCCUGUGCGCUCCGGACCCAGUCGACAACCAGAACAACAAGGCAAGCAGAGGGCAUCUCAGCGGACGGGGAGUUGACGCGGGUGCCCUGAACCGUGCGGGCCACAAGCGUAACAAUGCAACAGUCGGGCUCGACGAGAUCGGGGACCCCGCCGGCGGGACUAAAAUGACUGACAUCAGCCCAGAGCAGAUGCUUGCAGCCACUGCGUCUCUCAGAGCAGAAGCUGUCGCCAAGGAGAAAGGGCUGGAAUACGAGGAGAAGGAUCGCGACACGGACAUGUCAAUCGGCGAAGCGAUCGACGACAUCUCCAACACGAUGCAGAAGGACAAGUUCUGGGCUGAUUUGGCAACGCCCAUCCUGUCGGCCCGGGAGGAGUUGUCGCAGAAAGCUUGGAACAGAGAACGCGCCGUUGCGCUUCUGCAGCACGCCUGCGACCAGAUCGACGAGAUAAAACAUUAUUUCAAGGCUGAGCACUCAGUGGUGCAGUCUAUCAUCGAGAAGCUGCUUAUCGAGCCGCCGCCAGAAACGCCGCUUCACGAGGUGUUGGAUGGCGUGAGAAGGACAUCCGAUCCGGAUACGCGGUCGAAGAAGGAGAAGGCAAAGCAGGAGUAUAUGCAGAGAAAGGCCGCGAAUGCCAUGAAGGAAAUGCCGCGCCCGGGCGAGCCUUGGCUCUUCGAGGAGAGACAGGACAAGACGGAUGUGACGGUGACGAUCGCCGUGCCAGCUGAGACGAAAGCCUCCGAUGUCAGGGUGGUGUUCAAAGAGACACACUUGCUUGUCGCGGUUCAGGGCCACGCUCUACAGCCGACCGUUUGCGAGGGGGAGUUGGCUGGCGGCAUCGAUCCAGACUCUUGCGGCUGGACACUUGAGGGCUCUGGCGAGAACAGGAAGCUUGUACUGGAGAUGGAGCGGACGAUGGGAGGCAUUGAUUGGCAUCGCCUGUUCAAGAAUCCUCGGCACUAG